GCAAGCACAUGUGAUAUGUUUAUUUACUAUUUGUUUUGCAUUCAGAAAGACAUUCUAGUUGAUCUUGACAAUUUUCUAUCAUGUCCGACAACAGGAAAGAAGUAAGAAGAUUUUGCAAGCAGAUAGAAAACACCAUCAGUAAUCCAGAAGGAGAACAAGAGCUACUACAAGCUCUGAAAGAAAUCAACUGUCUAAACCUGGACUUACCUGCUGGCAAAGUAGAAACAUUCCAGUUCCAUGAUUUAUACACCGCUAAACGUGUGUUCAGACAAACGUAUUAUCGUCUAAUCGGAUACUCACUGAUUAACAAACUUUCUAUUGAUUGGAUACAGGUGUAUUUUAAAAAUGCAGAAAUUAAACGAAACUUUGACGAUUAUUUUCUGAAAGCAAACAACACUGGAACAUUUGUUAUUUUGUCCAAAUGUUUAGCAGCUUCGAGGGCUGGAGUGAAGCAGAAUAAAUGUGUGAGGCUGCUAGAAGAUUUCCUUCAGAAAAGAUGUCUGAAUCCUGUUGUAGUGCAGUAUUGCAAUGCGAGCAUCCAGUCAGAAGAGCAGUUCAUUGUGGAUGAGUUCAUUACAGCUCUGGUGUCUUUCCCUGAUAAAGCAGCAAAUGUUCUUCAGACCCAGAACAGUGACAUGUUCCUGCCACAGCAGUAUAUACCACUAAUAGGACACACCAUACUCUCUUGUCUGGAACAUUCAUGUGGUCGAAUCAGGAAAGGACAAGAUGUCAGUCUGCAGCUUGUUGGACAGUUGUGUGCUAAGCUAUCCUUAUCAGGGUUUGCAGAGUUGCUGUGGAAGACAAUGAUGUCUCGUAUGAUGAUAGAGGUACGCAGAGACUUUAUAUGGAGCCGUGUAUGUGAGAGACUAAUCACAGGCAUACCCGACAGAGGACUAGAUAUUGUACUUGGUACAGUGUUGAGGAUGACUCCGUGGUAUGGUGUUUUGGACAAGUUACUUGGUGACUGUAUCCUGACUAAACCCAGAGUAGAAUACAUCAUGUGCUCUAAGAUGUUACUACUACAGUAUACAGACAAGGUACUGGUCGUUCACAACAUACUGGGAUACCUAGCUACCUCACACACCAGACGCCAUUUACUUGUCAAGACGAUGAAGGAGAUGCUGCGAGUUUGGGGAGAUAGGAGUGCCUUACGUCACACUUCAGGGGACCAGCAUCGCUACAUCACUCUAGCCAUUUUAAUCUGCUGUCACCACCUCACAGAGCAGGAUGCACAGGCGCAUAAAGAUGAACUGCUGCAGCUGCUGUUACCUGGAGUUCAGUGCCACCUGGGGAUGUCUGACCACAACACACGUUGCUUAGGGAUGAUUGUGGCCAAAACUGUUACCACGGUGAUUGACCCUAAUGGACCCAAGCUGGAAUAUGAGCUCGAUGAAACUGAUGAGUAUGUGAAGUCCCUCCUGACAGAGAGUUUACUACCAGAGGACCCAGCCAUCACACAGUGUACUCAAGAAGUUGAGAGAAUAGAUAUGGCGGCUGAGGAUACAUCUAUGAACAUAGAACUCUCUUCUGACCAGCCUCAACAACAGACUGAUCUGGACAGUGAUGAUGACUUGGAACCAUACGACAUGUCUAAUGAUGUUAAGGUCACCAAGGUCAAACGUCCCAAAUAUGUGAGGGAUUGUAUGGAAGGUUUGAUUUGUGCUGAUGACCCAGAAAGGGUAGAUACUUGCCUUGAGGCUGCAGAGGGACUGAUAAGAGCCUUACCUGAUGGACUUACAGAGGUGUGUGAGGAGUUUGUCAAAAUUCUUCUUCAUCUAUCGGAUAAAUCAUCUAACCCCAAAUUCACUAAACACAGAUUCAGUGCCAUGGUAGCUCUCACAGUAAAUGCACCAGCUCAGUGUUCUCAGUAUUUAACUUACGAAUUUUAUGAAAGAAACUACAACCUACGUCAGAGAAUGGACAUUUUAGAGGUACUAGCAGCCAGUGCUCAGGAAUUAUCUCAACCCUGCCAGUCUGUACCUUCCUCUAAGGUCUCCUCCCCGACACCAACCCCUGUACCUUCCUCUGAGGUCUCCUCCCUGACACAGACCCCUGAGGACUGGCAUGGUGUUGUACAACGAAGGAUUGAAAGUAAAACACGUCGGUUUGUCAAGGGGCCCAGUAGACCUGUGUCUGUCCCUCAAAUCAACAAGUUUGCUGGAGUGGCAGGGCAGUUCUUCUACCCACUGAUGAAGCAUUAUGACAGGAGAGAAAAUACCUUUGACUUAAUAGGAGAAGAUAGCCUUAUCCUUGGAAGAUUGAUAUACACACUGGGUGUUAUCAUGUACUGUGCUGUCAAUACAAUGGAAGCUAAGAGGAUGGGAUCUACACUUCUGGAGUAUAUCUGGGUCCUCCGUUUUCACACUGACAGAAUGGUCUGUCACGCUAUUUUGUUUGCUGUUUCUAUGGUGAUCCUUUCUGUUCCUGCCCACUUUCUACUGACUGACCUUCAGACUGAGGUCAUGGAAAUGAAGAGUUGGCUUGAGGAUGUUGCUGACAAAGCCAUUGAUAGAGAAUCGAGGAAACUUGCAGUCCAGUGUCUGAUGUUGAUGGAAAAUGUCAUCAAAAAGGAAUUCCAAGACAGUAUAGAAAACACCUGACCAUUUACAGAAAUGUGAAGUAUCGACAAUAUAUGACAAAGUGUAUCUUACCAGUACACCCAAUACUGAACCAAGCUAUGUACCUGGAGUGAAGUAUGGACAAUGUAUGGCAAAGUGUAUGUUACCAGUACACCUGAUACUGAACCUAGCAACCUCGAGUGAAGUAUGGACAAUGUAUGACAAUGUAUGACAAUGUAUGUUACCAGUACGUCUGAUACUGGACAAGGUUACCUCGGUUUCUUUUGUUCUUUCUGUGCUUUGUUUAACCACACUCCCUGUAUGUAUACUGUGCCUAGAAACUGGAUUACGAAAACCCAUGUCGUAUUUGUCUCAUCAAAUGAUACCCACAGAGUAUGACAUGUCCUGUAGUCACCAGGGUGGAGAUUGUCAGUAUACAUGUAUAUGUAUCUCUUUAAAAUGGUAACAAGUACCUUAACUAAAGAGUAACAGAGUUGUGCUGUGUGUCAGAGCUUUGUAUUAGCAAAUGUAAUACUUCAAACCACGAUACUGUAUGUCACUGAGGCAGUUUAAUCGUCUCGGAAUCAACAAGCUUCACGAAUUGUCUGAUGAAUAAUACUGUAUCAUAGUAGUGUCAUUAUUUGUCAAUACUGCUUUUAAUACGUAUUUGGUAUUUUACCUAUAUGUAUGUGUGUACCAAUAGUCAGCCUUACACGGAAUGCAAUACGUACGCAAUGUGGCAAACCUUUCGCACAUGUUCAAAAAUAGCACAUGUGAAUGAGAGUGAGCUCACUGGGCAGGUGUGAUGUAACGUUAUGUAAACUUGUCUAGUAUCUGUAUUGUCUAUGUGUUAAGUGAAUGUUGGCUAUUUUACUUGGGCAUUGGUCAGCAAUGGUCACUUUGAGCAGGGCGGCCAAAGCGACAACACCUCUACAUGUGUUUUACCACAGUCAAUGUAUAUGUAGUGUUAAAAGUAUGUAGCGGAUAGCGCUUAAAUUAUAUCAUGUUAAUUAAAUAUAGUAUUUAUCAUAUUGUAAUACUGUAAACAUGGUUAUUUUCGCAGGGGGUUAAUUUCGCAAUUUUGAUGUUGAUGUAUAAACAAUAUCUGUGGGAGUAAUUUUCGCAAUCGAUCCACCUUCGUCUGUAGUUCGAGAUUACGCAAAUUGAUAUCAAAAUCAUAGGCGUGGGAAUAUUUUCGCAAUCAAAUGCACUCUGCUUAGUUAGAGUGGAAUGUCCCCCUCACAUAAAUUUCCAUGUUUACAGUAAAAGAAUGAGCUAAGAACUCUGGAGUUUGUCUUAUACUACUAUGAAACACAACUGUUACAGUAUUGUACUUAUACUACUAUGAAACACAACUGUUACAGUAUUGUACUUAUACUACUAUGAAACACAACUGUUACAGUAUUGUACUUAUACUACUAUGAAACACAACUGUUACAGUAUUGUACUUAUACUACUAUGAAACACAACUGUUACUGUAUUGUACUUAUACUACUAUGAAACACAACUGUUACAGUAUUGUACUUAUACUACUAUGGAACACAACUGUUACAGUAUUGUACUUAUACUACUAUGGAACACAACUGUUACAGUAUUGUACUUAUACUACUAUGGAACACAACUGUUACAGUAUUGUACUUAUACUACUAUGAAACACAACUGUUACAUUAUGAUUUGUACUGAAGCUUAAUAGUACAACAUAAUUUUGAUUAUUAAAUUGAAGCUGUAAAGACUGA